AACAUUAAAACACAUAUAUCUUCUGGACAAAAUAUCCACAACACUGAUUUAUCAGGAAAGAAACUGUUACAAAAUCCUAGAGUUGGAAGAGACCACAAGAGCUUUCAUGUCCAAUCCCUUGACGUGAAGGAAUAAACAAUAUUUUUCCUUGUUCCACAGGUUAAUGGUCAAUAUGGUUGGUUUCUGUCUUCUCUUACUGCUGACUUGUGCUCCAGGUCUCAGCAGUUAUGAAACACAGAAGGCGUUGCCCAACCAACCUCAAAACAACGCCAGAAAGCCCCAGCUCAAUGAGGCUGGUGUUUGUACUCUGCCAAAAGAGAAGAACAGUUGACAACCAUGGAAUGGGCUGGUACAUUCAUUCUCCUUCUUGUUGUCUUUAUUUCUUGCCAUCUGCUCAUAUCAUCUAAGAGGAAACAACUGCACAAGGGGAGACUUCCUCCGGGACCCACUCCCCUGCCCCUGAUUGGGAAUUUCCUGCAAAUCAAGCCAGCUGAAACCUUAAAAUCUCUUCUCAAGCUACGUGAAAAAUAUGGCCCAGUUUUUACCGUCUAUUUUGGGACACGUCCAGUUCUGGUCUUAUGUGGACACCAAGCUGUGAAGGAGGCCCUGAUAGACAAGGCGGAAGAGUUCAGUGGAAGGACUACCAUGCCUUCAAUGGUGCCUACCUUCCAAGGAUAUGGAGUGGGUUUUUCCAAUGGAGCACGCUGGAAGGAACUGCGCCGGUUUUCCCUCACCGUCUUGAGGAGUUUUGGAAUGGGGAAAAAGUCUAGUGAAGAGCGAAUACAAGAGGAGGCCCAAUUCCUGCUGGAGGAAUUUCGGAAGACAAAGGAAAAUCCUUUCGAUCCUACCUUUUUCUUCAGCCGUGCAUUCUCCAACAUCAUUUGCUCUAUUGCUUUUGGGAAGCGUUUUGACUAUGAGGACAAAGAAUUCCAGGCCCUAGUAGGGAUGGUACAUAGAUUCUUCCAGGAGAUCAGCACCUCCUGGGCCCAGUUCUAUGACAUCUAUUCCAACUACCUGAAUUACAUUCCGGGAAUCUACAGUAAGAUCUAUGAUGCCAUGGACAUGAAGCUCUUAAUUUCCAAGAAAAUCAAGAAGAAUCAAGAGACCUUUGACUCCAAUUUCCCACGUGACUAUAUUGAUUGCUUUCUCAUCCAGAUGGAAAAGGAAAAAGACAAUCCAGGCAGUGAAUUUAUUAUGAAGAACUUGGAGAUCAGCAUUCUUAAUCUGAUCCUCGGAGGAAUAGAAACAGGCAGUUUCACCUUGAGAUAUGGCUUCCUGCUUCUGAUGAAAUAUCCUGAAGUGCAAGAAAAAGUGCAUGAGGAAAUUGAUCGAGUGAUUGGCCCUAAUCGUGUCCCAAACACUGGGGACCGGCGGCAAAUGCCAUACACAGAUGCCAUGAUCCACGAAGUGCAAAGAUACAGUGAUGUAAUUCCUAUGAAUGUGGCCCACAUGGUCACUCGUGACACUGAAUUCAGAGGAUAUCAUAUCCCUAAGGGGAUGAUGGUCUUGCCAUUGCUGAGCACUGUCUUGCAUGACCCUACAAUGUUUAAAUACCCCAAUGCUUUCAACCCAGAGAACUUCUUGGAUGAGUAUGGAUGCUUCAAGACGAAUGAUGCCUUUGUGCCUUUUUCCUCAGGGAAACGGAUCUGUCUGGGUGAAUCCUUAGCCCGCAUGGAGCUUUUCCUCUUCUUCACCACCAUCCUGCAGAAUUUCCAAUUGAAGUCACUUGUUCCCCCUGAAGAUAUUGACCUCACUUUUCAAGAAAGUGGCUUUGCCAACAUCCCACCCUUUUACCAGCUUUUCGCCAUCCCACGCUGACCCUGAGGUCACUUUCUCCUUCAGUCCGGGACACUUGCA